GGUACGGUACCGCGUGUCCAGUCAACGUGCGGCAUUCGUCAUGAUUUUAAUAGUUUCUACCGCGAAAAUGGAUAUCGUAAUAAGAUCGUAUAAUUAUCGAUUGUGAUUACGGUAUUGUGAUUAAACGUAUUUCCACUUGCAUCAUGGAAAAUAGUUAUAAUGAUCUAGAUGAUUUUAAUCUAUUCCCAAGCUUGGAAAGAUCUGAUGAACAGGAUAAUGUAAAUGAAGAUUUAUUUUCUAAUAUCAUCAGUAAUAAUUGUGAAACCCCGUCCCAACUUAUUUCUAAUGAUAUGUGGAAGCUCUUUCAAGACACUCCUUUAAAUGAUUUAAAUGUAAUAGAUGAAAUGAUGUCAAAUUAUGGGUUAAACUCUAAUGAAAUUAGUAACAAAGAAGACUUUAACAAAACGAUUAAUGAUUGGGAUAAACACCUUGAAUCAUUACCGGAUAUGGAUUAUGAUAUGAACAACCUAGCCGAACAUACGAAUCUAGUAAACACAAAUAGUUCUUAUUCUAAUUUGAAUUGUCUAGAAGAAACUAAUGUUGAACUCAUAUCGAAUAUGAAAAUCAAAAUCAAAGGUGCAGGCAUUGCUGAUUAUAAAAGUAACUGCUUAAAGAAUGGUAGAAGUAAAAAUUCUCAAGAGGAUUUUAAUACGAAAAAGAAAAUCCAAAAUAAGAAUAAGACUACCAAAUCUAUUACCACAAAGCAGAGAAAAAUAAAAAGGAUAUCAGAAAUAAUGCACGAAUUAAAACAAAAAGAAGAGACUGAGCCUUGCAUUGAUAUUGUAACAGUGCCUGAAGAAACACCAAUGUUAGAAGCUGGCGAUGUCAACAGUUUAUUUGAGCAAUUUGAAGCAUCCGAAAUUUUAUCUGUGAACGCGUUGUGUCAUAAUAAAAUUUCUACACAAUCUAAUCAAAGUAUACAAGCUCAACCGAUCACAGUAAAACCAUCUACGAAACCAACUUCAUCGGCCCUUUCAAGGAAUACAAAUUCGUCUGUAAUUCCAAGAAAGAAGAAUUCGCCUGCUCAACCUAAGACCACAAAUUCGCCAGUCCCUUCAGAAAACGUAAAUUCACCUGUUCAUCCAAAGAAACAAAAUUCAUUAUCACCGAAUUUAAUAAAAGAUAUCAACGAUCCAGCAUCUAAAGAAGUGAUUGACAGGAUAAAGGCCCUCAACAAAGAAACAAAAAAAGGAAUUUCUGUAAUACCUGCAAUGCCAAACAUUCGUAAAGGUGGACGAAGUAACGGCAGCCGAACGCAGGAUGCUAAUAAUGCAGCGUUAUCAAAGAACAAAGCGGCUAAGGUGGCAAAUAAGAUUAAAAAUAAAACAAUCGACAGUGGAUCAAUCAAAUUGGACCAUGAUUAUUGCAGUAAUUCCAACUCCGCCGUUAAUGAUUCGGACAAUAGUGUUAAUGAAAAGAAGGCUAGUGAUAACAGUGACAAAACUCUUAGUGUAAACAAUAAAUCUAAAAAAUCGAAUCGUUCUUCUGCAGUGAAAACUAGUGCAACAACAGUGACACAAGCUAAAAGCUUUACUGAAAGUGACAAAGUUAAUGUUCAUAAAAACUUUAUAAAAGACAAUAGUUCAGAAUCAGCUAAAAAAGUUAUUAAUAGUGAGGAAUCUUUAUCAUACAAUAGUAAUAGUAUUAAUACAAUUAAAGAACAAAUGAAUAAGCAGUCACAAGAGCUCCCCAUAAAUACUCAAUCGCUCAAACAAGAUUUAAAAUCUUCUCUAGACUGCUUAUUCCAAACAAAUACAACAAAACCCCCAAUUGUUGAGAUGAAAAUACAAUCUGCAAUAGUAGCAAAAAUACUGAGAUCAAAAAAUAAAGGAUUAAACAAACCAAAAUUAAUACAAGAUAAUAGUAAACAAAUGAUCUCAGUAUUAAAAAAACCACCCACAGUACAACCAACAAUACAACCUAUUACCACUAAUAAUAAUGAAAGCAUAGUUACAACCACCAAUAGCUCAAAUAAUAUCAUACAAAAUAUUAUAAUUGAAAAUACUCCAGAGAUUCCGAAAAAGGCAGAGACCAAACAGCCUCCUCGCAAGAAACUUAAUUUAGCUGAAUAUAGAAAUAGAAGAGGACAUACAACUGUUGCCACAAAAUUGCCCGUUGAACCAAUAACAAUAGUAAAUAUAUAUACAGCCUCUACAACAACAGAACCAUUUAAAGAUCAGUUAGGAAAUGAACUUUGGUGCGAAAGAGAAUGUUUGCCAAAGAAGACACCCGAAACAGAUUUAAAUAGACCAAAACCACCCACCAGAGAUAUGGAGACCCAAACAUAUGAAACCGUAUUUAAUUAUGCUAAAACGUGUUUCAUGGAUAUUGUUCAAGAAAAUGAAAUUCUCCAAUCUGUGGUGGAUGUUGAUGACACAAACAUAAUUUCCACCAAAUCUCCAAUAGUUAUCGACGAGGAAAAUGAAGUCCCUACCAAAUCAUUGGUAGAUGUUAAUAAGAAAAAUGAAGAAAAACCAAGCAGAAAACGUACAUUAAAAAUAGAAGAAACACUAGCCAGCAAAACACGCAAGGUUGAUUCCAGUUCAAGUCGAUCUAGAAGCCGAUCCCAUAGUAGAAGCAGCAGUAAAAGUCCGAGUCAAAGUCCAAACCGUAACAAACAUCAAAGAGAUAGAAGUAAAAACAGAUCAAGCAGAAAUAUUCGCCAUAAAAGAAAUAAUCAUCGCCCUAGUUCAAUCAGUUCAAACGUCAGCUGUACAUCUCAAUCCCUUUCGGACAUAAGAUCCAAUUCUAGAUCGCGACAUUCAUUUUCACGUUCCGAAUCAUCAAGAUCAAGAUCCACCUCAAUGUCCGAUCAGUAUUCACCUUGCUCAAGAUCAUCCCCUAAUUCAAAUGACGGAAACAGAGACUGGCACCAUGAACGUCGAUCCCUAAAAAGAAACUGUGAUGACAGAUAUAAGGGAAUUCCGUCGAAAAAUUCUCACAAAAAAAAAUAUUGGAGAAGAUCGUCACCAGAUACCUAUCAAAGAUCGUUUAGCCGAUAUUCCGAAGAAAAAUCCAAUGAAUAUCGGGAAAAUGUCAUUUAUGCUGGGUGGUUGGAAAGUGGGGUAACUAGAACUAGUUUAUAUCAAAGAUUUAAACGCUUUGGCCCCAUUGUAAGGAUAACGAUACAUGUCCGUGAACAUCCACCAUGGGAUCAUUACGGUUUUAUAACAUUUCAAUAUAAACAUCAUGCAUUCGAAGCUCUGGAGCAUGCAAACGAUGAUCCCAAAUUGCCCAGAUAUGAUUUAAAUUUUGGCCAUAGAAGAGAUUUUUGCGGAAUUCCAUAUGAAGAUCUUGAUCACUACCACGACAAUGAAGAAAAUAAACAGGAAAAAAAAAUACAUAUGUCAAAAUAUAAAGAAGAAGAAACAUUUGAUAGUCUUUUGGAAGAAGCAAAAGCUAUUAUAGGAAAACGAAAAGUUUGACAUAUGUACUUCCGGUUAGUUAUAAUUUUUUAUUUAUAAGAAUAGAAUAAGGAAAGAAAUACAGUAAAUUUCCGUAUAAUGCGAGUUCCUACAGCACGAAUUCACAUAACACGUAACAUUUUAACCGAGUUAUACGGAAAUUUACUGUAGUAUAGGUAAUAUUAUUCACAUAUAACGAGACUACAAUCUUCUAAAACUUAUUUAAAUCUAUUGGUUUGAGUAAAAAAUUCAUUCGCAUUUUCUCACAAGAAUAUAAAGUUGUAUUAUUUUAAUAUCGGACUUACCUAAACGAUGGUAUAUUAGGAUUACCGAAAAGUUUUGUCUGCUUUUCCAAGCCAUAUAUCCGAAAUGUUUUUUAUAUUUUCCGCAAUCUCCGACGUUGACAGAAAAAAAACCUUGGUCCUAAUAACAUCGUCCAACGAUCGGAGAUACGUGAUAAAUUCGAGACGGCAUUAUCGGACAGAACUUUCCAGUAAACCUAAUAUAUAUAUCAUUUUAUUGUAUAAAUUAUAAUGAGAGAACGCGAGUGAAAUUUUUAUUCAACCUAA